AUAGUGCAACGUUAUAUACACUAAUGACUUGACAUAGACAUGCAAAGUUUGUUAAUUGCACCGUAUUAAGUGACAUGCUAGACGGUAAAGAUAUAAAAUCAUAUAGUUAUUUUUUGUUGCAAACUUAAUUUUCAAACAACUUAAACAAAUCAGAUACUUGUAAGCCUCAUCUCAAGUAUAAGCACGUAAAAUAGUCGAUUCGUUAUCAAAUUUUGAGCUAUCAUCUGUUGAUUGAAUAAAUGAAUAAACAAUUUCUUCGCUUGACACCUAACAUCUCUUCUAUACAUACUGGAAUAAUUAAUAGAGUUAGUUGUUUCGGAGUUAUUCAAUGUAAUUUAACUUCUAGCGUAAAAAAAAUGGUUAAGUACUUGACUCAAUCAGAAGCAAUAAACGUGGAUCAAGAUUUAUUUAAAAAGUACAAAUUCAGUGUUGAUCAGUUAAUGGAAUUGGCUGGCCAAAGUUGUGCUAUUGCUAUUGCUCAUAGUUAUCCACUCUCCAGUCAUGAUAAUGCUAAUAAUAUUUUGAUAUGCUGUGGUCCAGGCAAUAAUGGUGGCGAUGGUUUAGUUUGUGCAAGACAUUUGAAACUUUUUGGAUAUGCUCCAGAACUGUAUUAUCCAAAGAGAACUAAAAAUGAUUUGUACCAAAAUUUACUUCACCAGUGUUUAGAAAAUGAUAUUGUUCUUAUAGAAAACAUCACAGAUUUACAAAAAAAGAAUAACUAUUUGUUAAUUGUUGAUGCCUUAUUUGGAUUCAGUUUCAAACCACCUGUUAGAUCAGAUUUCAUAUCAAUAAUGGACUAUUUAAAAGAAACUACUGUCCCUAUUUGUAGUAUUGAUAUUCCUUCAGGAUGGGAUGUUGAAAAGGGUAAACCAGAAAUUGGUAGCAUUAAUCCAGAAAUGUUGAUUUCAUUAACAGCUCCCAAACUUUGUGCAAGAAACUUUUCAGGAAAAUACCAUUAUUUAGGUGGAAGAUUUGUACCAAACAAGCUUGAAAAAGAAUAUCAACUUAACUUACCAAAAUAUUAUGGAACAGAUUUAGUGGUGCAAAUUUAAUGACAUAUAAUAAAUAUUAUAAUAAAAAUUAUUAUCAUCUUUAGUGCUUUAAGCUUACUAUUGUUUAAAAGUAUACAUUAGUUUUAAAAUAUUAGUUAUAUUUUCAAAAAAAAUUAAUUUUCAAACUAUUAUUGGGUGCAUGUAAAAAAUAAAUUAAAUUAUUACAAUAAAUUAGUAAGAUCCUGUUGAA